AUGUUUAGAGACAGAACAAACCUAUUUCUCUCGUACAGGAGAACCAUACCUAGACGACCAACUAACAAUGAGUCCAGAUUUGUUGCAUUGGCAGAAGAGGAGGAAUCGCUCAUGACGUCUGGACGAUUCAUGGGAAGUAGGAAACAUUAUCAAGACAAGGAACCAGCAGGAGGCGACAUUGAGAUGAAGCCACUAGCUCCUUCCAUCUUUGACAUCUCCAACCUGCUUGAUGAGAAUUUAGCCACCAUCAAGACAAAGACCCACGAAUUGAGCCUGUUGUACAAGAAAUUGCUAAUAACCAGAGACAACGAGAAACUGAAGCUUGAAAACCACAUCGAGGAGUUGAACUACGAGCUCACCAAGAUGUUUGAGGCAUGUUACGUUCUCAUCAAGAAAUUCGAGUUUCUUCAGAAGAAUUACCAGCGUCUCCAGCUAGACUAUUCGGCGGAUGAGCUUUCAAUGAUUCAAAACUACAAAAAGACCUAUGCGUUGAAGAUCCAGGAUAGCCUGGUGAUCUUCCGGAAUCUCCAGAAUAACUAUAUCAAGUUUUUGAAGGAUGAUGAUGACGAGACUGACCAGCUCCUAUCUGCGGGUGCCAGCACCACCGAUUUAGUUCUUGAAGAGGAAAACUCAAAGAAUAUCGAGGAUUACUCCAAGAAAGUGCUCUUGCAGGCCCAGGAGCAGAUCCAGCAUGGUAACUCACAGCUUUUGGCGCAGAGGGAACGAGAAAUAUCCAAGUUGGCCAUGGGAAUUUUGGAGAUCUCCACUAUUUUCAAGGAAAUGGAGACAUUAGUUGUGGAACAAGGCAGUAUGUUGGAUCGAAUUGACUAUAAUAUGUCAAGGACAGUGGAGGACUUGAAAACGUCUGACAAGGAGCUAAUCAAGGCACAGGGCUACCAGAAGCGAACUACAAAGUGCAAGAUCAUUUUUUUGCUUUCAUUGAUUGUGCUUGCGUUGUUCAUACUUGUGGUGGUCAAACCCCAUGGAACCACCAAGAUCGUGGAGAAACCUACUCCCGAACUGGAUCUGCGUCCGUCACCAGAGAAUAACCAAUCAAACACACAAGAGAAUGCACAAGGAAACGAACAGGAGAGCGGUACAAAUGUAUAG